GGAUGGUGAUAUGGAUAGAUGGAUGGAUGGAUGGUGAGAUAGAUGGAUAGAUGGAUGGUGAGAUAGAUGGAUGGAUGGAUGGAUAGAUGGAUGGUGAGAUGGAUGGAUGGCGAAAUAGAUGGAUAGAUAGAUGGAUGGAUGGAUGGCGAAAUAGAUGGAUAGAUAGAUGGAUGGAUGGAGAGCGAGAUAGAUGGAUGGAUGGAUGGAUGGCGAAAUAGAUGGAUAGAUAGAUGGAUGGAUGGAUGGCGAAAUAGAUGGAUAGAUAGAUGGAUGGAUGGAGAGCGAGAUAGAUGGAUGGAUGGAUGGAUAGAUAGAUGGAUGGAUGGAUGGAUGGAUGGUGAGCUAGAUGGAUGGAUGGAUGGAUGGUUAGAUAGAUGGAUGGUGAGAUAGAUAGAUGGAUGGAUGGAUGGAUGGAUGGAUGGUGAUAUGGAUAGAUGGAUAGAUGGAUAGAUGGAUGGAUGGAUGGAUCGAUGGAUGGAUGGAUGGAUGGUGAGAUAGAUAGAUGGAUGGAUGGAUGGUUAGAUAGAUGGAUGGUGAGAUAGAUAGAUGGAUGGAUGGAUGGUGAUAUGGAUAGAUGGAUGGAUGGAUGGAUGGUGAGAGAUGGAUGGAUGGUAUGAUAGAUAGAUGGAUGGAUGGAUGGAUGGUGAGAUAGAUAGAUGGAUGGAUGGAUGGUUAGAUAGAUGGAUGGUGAGAUAGAUAGAUGGAUGGAUGGAUGGUGAUAUGGAUAGAUGGAUGGAUGGAUGGAUGGUGAGAGAUGGAUGGAUGGUAUGAUAGAUAGAUGGAUGGAUGGAUGGAUGGAUGGUGAGAUAGAUAGAUGGAUGGAUGGUGAGAUAGAUGGAUAGAUGGAUGGUGAGAUAGAUGGAUGGAUGGAUGGAUGGAUAGAUGGAUGGUGAGAUGGAUGGAUGGAUGGAUGGAUGGUGAGAUAGAUAGAUGGAUGGAUGGUGAGAUAGAUAGAUGGAUGGUGAGAUAGAUAGAUAGAUGGAUGGAUGGAUGGUGAGAUAGAUAGAUGGAUAGAUAGAUAGAUAGAUAGAUGGAUGGUGAGAUAGAUAGAUGGAUAGAUAGAUAGAUAGAUAGAGGAAUGACUGCAGUCCUUUUGAUUUCAUAAAGAAAGAACCCUCAUCCAGAACAACACCGGGGUUUCCAAGCUUGUUCAGAUAAGGUUGAAUUUGCCCUACACCCUCAGACCUGCAAUUUCGAGUGGGCAGUUUACCUACUAGCAUUUUUACCUAUUAGUGAGGUGAGACUAAAGUAUCCGUGAACUAUGCCAAUCAACAGAAAGGUGGGCAUUGAAACGGGUCCCUGGAGCUUAUCUGUGUAUUCUUCUCCACUCUUAAGAUCUAACCUACACGGCCAUGAGAACAGCCUGAGCAGCUCGGCGCGAAGACAUGGCCGGCGAGCUGUAUCCCGCCAAGAAGCUGCCGCCGGUGUCGGCCACGGCCGUGCAGCACUACCAGCAGCAGAACAUCAGCAACAACAACACCGUGCAGGGCUGCAACUGGCAAGGCCUCUAUCCCAGCAUCAGAGAGAGGAACGCGCUCAUGUUUAACAACGAGCUGAUGGCGGACGUGCACUUCGUAGUCGGGCCUACGGGCGGGACGCAACGAGUCCCGGGACACAAGUACGUCCUGGCUGUUGGGAGUUCCGUGUUCCAUGCCAUGUUCUACGGCGAGCUGGCGGAGGACGCGGACGAGAUCCGCAUCCCAGACGUGGAGCCGCAUUCCUUUCUGGCGAUGUUCAAGUACAUCUACUGCGACGAGAUCGACCUGUGCGCCGACACGGUGCUCGCCACGCUAUACGCCGCCAAGAAGUACAUGGUGCCACACCUGGCCCGCGCCUGCGUGGCGUUUCUGGAGACCAGCCUGAGCGCUCGCAACGCCUGCGUGCUGCUCUCGCAGAGCUGCCUGUUCGAGGAGCCGGAGCUGACGCGCCGCUGCUGGCAGGUGAUCGACGCCCAGGCCGAGCUGGCCCUGCGCUCGGACGCCUUCUGCGACAUCGACGCCCGCACGCUGGAGAGCAUCCUGCGGCGCGAGACCCUGAACGCCUCCGAGACCAUCAUCCUGGAGGCGGCGCUCAGCUGGGCGGAGGCCGAGUGCCACCGGCGCGAGCUGCAGGCCACCGUUGAGAACAAGCGGCUGGCGCUGGGCGAGGCGCUGUACCUCAUCCGCGUCCCGGCCAUGUCGCUGGACGAGUUCGCCAACGGCGCGGCGCAGUGCGGGCUGCUCACGCUGGCCGAGACCAACGCGGUCUUCCUGUGGCACACGGCGGCCAACAAACCCGAGCUGCCCUUCGUGAGCCAGCCCAGGAAAGGCCUGGCGCCGCAGCGCUGCCACCGCUUCCAGUCGUGCGCCUACCGGAGCAACCAGUGGCGCUACCGCGGGCGCUGCGACAGCAUCCAGUUCGCCGUGGACAGGCGCGUCUUCGUGGCCGGGUUCGGACUCUACGGUUCCAGCUGCGGCUCGGCCGAGUACCAGGCCAAGAUCGAGCUCAAGAGGCAGGGCGCCACGCUCGGCCUGGCCGGCGUCAAGUACUUCUCGGACGGCUCGAGCGGGACCUUCACGGUGUUUUUCGAUCACCCCGUGCAGGUCGAGCCCGACACCUUCUACACGGCCAGCGUGGUCCUGGACGGGAACGAGCUCAGCUACUUCGGGCAGGAGGGGAUGACCGAGGUGCAGUGCGGGAAGGUCACGUUUCAGUUCCAGUGUUCCUCCGAUAGCACCAACGGCACCGGGGUGCAGGGCGGCCAGAUACCCGAACUCAUAUUUUACGCCUGAGGGGAAAGACGGGCGCCGACCUGCCGUUAGACAACAAUCGUUCCGAGGACCAGCUUGUACAGAUCAACAUCCGACAGCUUUGAAUUUAUCACAAUUACAUUUGGACACGGACGGACGUUAAGGUCAUCAGAGGGGGAGCGAUAGUCUUGGCUCUCUUCUGCCAGUAGAAAGGCAACAAUGAUUUAAUGAUUCGAUUCAGACCCUGUUCAGUCAGGUUUAGGGUCAGAAUCGUGGUCUAAAGCAGUAGAGGAGAUACAGCUGGGGAAUUGGAUAUGACUAGAUCAGAUUGGGACAAAAGGGGGGUUCCGGAAUUCACCGAACGUUUGAGUUUCUGGAGGGCUCUGGAGAAGCGAUUUUAUCCAGGAUGACAAUCACCUCCAUUAGCGCGACCACCAGAAGGAAACGCAUCACACGGUUGCCUUAAUUUAACCGCAUUUUGCCGCCAUGUUUACUUAUCAAGGUCUGGAUUCCGCGUCUCAAGAUCCAGCAAUGGUGUCCAAUGUGCAAGCGAUGCGAUAAUUAACACUCCAGAGCCUUUGGGGGGGGGGGUAGAUACACUACAUGUAGCACAGAAACUGGGGGUGUUCGGUGUUCCAUGCCGUGUUCUGCGGCGAGCUGGCGGAGGACACGGACGAGAUCCGCAUCCCAGACGUGGAGCCGAACGAGGGUUCCACUCCAGUAGCGCCUCGUUAACGUAUAAUUUUGGCAUCGUAUUUGCCGGGUGGUUUGGGUCUUAAGAGUCACUUGUGCAGGCACAUCGACCAUUUUAGUAGCGACGAAGAACCCCUUUGAUCAUUCCCUCUCUUAGACACAGCCAGUCGUGCCUGUAUGGCCGCUUGCGGGUCAAAUUUCAUAGCCCAGAGAUGGUGUGCUGGUGCGUUAACAUUGGCAGGUGUAAAGAAGUGGCCACAGAUUAGACAUUGGGAAUUGGAUUUGACUAGACUGAGAGAUAACAGGGGGGGAAAUUGUGGUCUUCACCCCAUCCGCAGGUACAUCUACUAUUUUAGUAGCGGCGAAGAACCCCUUUGACCAUUUCCUCCCUUAGGCACAGCCAGUCAUGCACGGUAGCACGGUCGAGAUCUUAGAGAUGGUGGGCUGGUGCGUUAACACUGGCAGGUGAAAAGAAGUGGCCACAGAUUAGACCUUGGGAAUUGGAUUUGACUAGAUUGAGAGAUAACCGCAGGUACAUCUACUACUUUAGUGGUGAUGAGGAACCCCUUUGACCAUUUCCUCCCUUAGACACAGCCAUCUCAGAGAUGGUGGGCUGGUGAGUUAACAUUGGCAGGUGAAAAGAAGUGGCCACAGAUUCGGGGGGGGUUAGGUGUUGUGGUCUUUACCCCAUCCGCAUCUACUCGUCGACUCGUCAUGCCUCGUGAUUCGCCUUCGAUUCACUACAUCGACAAUCCGCAAACCUUCAUCACGUCACUCAUCGCUUCUAGUCCGGAUUGAAACUGUUAUGACGUGCUAAUAAACGUUUGUUUGUGUUGAAUGUGUCAAAUAAAGUUCUUAUUUUGGAAAAUUAAA